ACUCCGCUGAGACAACACGCGCCGACCUUAACCAUCCUUCAGUAUUUAUCUGACCGAUACAUUCCAGUUGCACUUUAACAAAACUCACAAAUAAUGGCGAAAGAAAUGUGGAUCGUUUUCGUGAUCGUGUUCGUGUCGGCGACGGCGAUGCCGACCCGGGACGAGGAGCGCCCCAGGCUGGACGUGAACGACGUCCUCAACCGGACCGUGUGCCCCAUCACCAUCCGCAUCGACGAGGACGAGGACCGGGUCCCGCGGCGGAUCAAGGUGAUGGAGUGCGCGGAGAACAGCAACCAGUGGUGCGCCCAGCGGAACGUGCCGCCCAACGAGUGCUGCCAGCACCGCCACGACGGCGUGAUCAUGAAGUGCGUGGAGAUCCAGGACCUCGUGCAGGUGUUCUACAAGACGCGCAAGGAGUCGCAGUCCAUGCGGGUGUCGGUGGGCUGCAUGUGCAUGAUGCAGGAGGUGGACGGCGUCGGGGACUCCGCGCCCAGCUGACCGCGCCGCGCCCGCCGCCGCCCCCCGCGCCGCCCGCGCCGCCAGCGCCGCCAGCGCCACCAGCGCCGCCGCGCCCACUCAAAGUUCCUAGCUCUCCGAGCCCACUGAUUAAUGUUAUUUAUUGUGUGAAUGCCGU